AUGAAUUAAUAAUCAUUUGUUGUAGAGGCAAGUCUAAUAUAUCGGUUAUUUGAGAAAGACAUAAUUUUAGGGAAAGGCAAGGAUCCAAUUUAUGGUAUAAGUUCUAGUAUAUACAAAUUGAAUAAAAAUAAUAAUGUAACUUAAGAUUUUGAGGAAGAUUGGGGUUCUCAUGCAUUGUAAAUAUAUGAGAAUCUUAAUCAAGAAAUAUUUGAUAUAAAAGUUUGUCAAUUAUAGAAAGCAAUGACUACAUAUUUGAAUCCUUAUUCAACAAGAAUAAUUUUAAUAGCAAAAGAGAAAAUACAUUAAAUGUAAUAUAAUCUACAUGUUGUAUAUGAAUUUGGAUAGGUUAAUAAGAAUGCUUAAAGUUUAAGAGAAUAAAAAGAAGGAUAUAUGGAGGACAGAGCUAUACAAUUCUUGGAAUUUUUAUGUCAUAAUUUUAUUUUGGGUGCUCGAUAUUCAAAUGAAUUCUUAGAUAUUAGUCCAUAAAAUAUAUUUAUAAGUGGUAAUAAUUCUUAUAUUGUAUCUAAUUUUGGAAUAACAUAUAUUGGAACUAAAUUUCAUAGAAUUUAUACACCCUCUACAGAUCCAAUAAUAAUGAAAGAGAAAAAGCCUUCUAAUACUAAUAUUCUUUAUAACUAUGCUUUUAAAGCUGGAUUACUUACUCUGUGUCUUAUGACUUAAAUAGAUCCAAAAGAUUUCUUUUUUGAAGAUGGAUAAUUCAAAGAAUAGUUAUUAGAUAAUUUAUUAUAUCUUUUAUAAGAGGACAAGUAAGAAAAUAAAAUUAGAUAAAAACAUUUUAUUGUUGAUAUUUGUUAAUUUUUUGAUACUCUAACUUAUACAAGAGAAUAAGAUUAUAAAGAAUAAUAAUAAACUUUUACAUUUGAAUAAUCUAAAAAUCCAGAACCUGGAAAGAAAUUCAAAUAUAAAAAAUCUGAAAGAUAUCUUUAACAUAAAUAUUCUAAAGAAUUGUUAGAAAUCCUAAAAAAAUUACUAAAUGUUUCAAAUAUAUAAAGUAGAUCAAUUUUUUAAUAAUUGAUUUGUCAACCUGAAAAUAUAUUAGGUGUAAAAAAUCCAUAUGAUGAAAAAGAAAAAGAUAAAUAUAACUAUAGUAAUGGAACAUUUAAAGAUGAUUAAUUGAAUGGUUGUGGAAUAAUAUAAUUAGAUGAACAAGAUGAAUAAAAUAAAUAAAAAAAUAUAAGGAUAAUCUAAAUUUGUGGAAGUUUUAAAGAUGGAGAACCUUAGAAUGCUUAUAAUAAAAAUAGUGUUUUUAAUACAAAGUUUGAGUGUCAAAUGGAAAAUUUGUAAUGUCUUUUACCUUUAAGAUAUGUAAAUAAUGAAUUUUUAUAUUUGAAUGAUGAAAUUGUAUCUCCAAUCAAUCCAAUAGGCUUACAAAAAAAAGAAUCAAUAUAUUAUUUUAAAGGUAAAUAUGAAAAUGGUCAAUUAAAAAAAGGAGUUUCAUACCAAUUAGAUAAGACAAUAUUUGAAGGAGAAUUUAAAAAUAAUUAGCCUUAUGAAGGCAAGAUGAUUUAUCCUAAUUCAGAUAUUUUUGAAGGGUUUUUAGAAGGUUUCAAUAAGAAAAAAGGUACUUUGAUUUUCAAUGGCAGAAAAUUUGAAGGGUAAUUUUAGAAUGAUUAAUUUUUCAAAGGAUAUAUAGAAUAUGAAGAUGGAGGAUUCUUUUUUGGUAAUUUUAAAAAUGGAUAGAAAGGUAAUUUUUAAUAUAUUGAUUAUUAUUAGUCAAGGCUGGAAUUUAUAAAUAUCCUAAUUCCACAAUUUAAUAUUAGGGAUUAUAUGCUGAAGAUGUUAGACAUGGUAAAGGAACUUUCAUUGAUAAAUCUAAAGAUAAUUUUAUGUAAGAAGUUGUUUAUAAUUAUGGAAUGUGUGAAACUAAACUUAAUGAACAUUUUGAAUAGGCUUUGAAGGAAAUUCAAGAAAAAUAAAAACACUCAAAAAAUCUUCAAAAAAAUAAUAAAUAAUAAAAUGAAAAUGAUGAAGAAAUUCAAGAAGAUAUUGAAGAAAAUCCAGGAGAUGAUAAUGAAGAUGGAGAAGAAGGUUGA